AUGCCCAUCAACAAUGCUGCCGUCCGGGUCUCACACCUCACCCUCGCAAUCCAAGAUCGUCCCGUUACACCCCCAGGACCGAACGAGGUGCUCGUCCAAGUCAUCUCAACAGGAAUCUGCGGGUCCGAUACCCACAACUGGAAUAACCCUAAUGUCUCGAGGGAACUAAUCCUCGGCCACGAGUCCGCGGGUCUAAGGGGUCUAAUAGUGGAGAUCGACUCCGAAGUGAAGGAUAGACAUGUCGGACAGCGUAUGGCCGUUGAGCCCGGGUUUGCUUGUGCCACAAGAAAGUGUCCUGACAAUCAAGAAGAUGCGUUCUGCCUUCGCGGUAACCCAAACACUUGCGCAAAUCUCAAAUAUUGCGGCCUCGACCCCACGGAUGGCACGCUGCAGCAAUAUUUCACCUGCAAGGCGCACAUGGCCAUCCCCAUUCCGGAGGAGAUAUCCUGGGAAGAAGCGGGCGCAAUCCAGCCUCUUGCGAUUGCGGUGCAGCUGGCUAGACGCGCGGCUCUGAGUGCGACUGCUAAAGUGGUUGGUGACGGUGGGUGUGGACCAUUAGGCCUCCUCGUAAUUGCCAUUGCGAAAGCCUACGGUGUGUGCAAGAUCGUGGUCUUUGAUAUCGAGCAAUCCCGGCUUGAUUUCGCAUUGUCGUAUGGAGAAGAUAUUGGCGUUCUUUCACCGAAAAUAUCUGAAAAUGUUGAACCUCUGAAAUUCGUCUUCGAAUUUACAUCCUCCGUCGUAAGAGAACACAACCUUGGCCACGGGGUCGACAUCUCUGUCGAAGCCAGUGGCGCCGACUCAUCUGCUCAAAUGGCACUUACUAUCCUGAAACCCAGGGGCACAUGCAUCCAAGCUGGGCUGGGGAAGCGACUCACAAAGCCCCUCUUUUUCCUACUGAUAGCGAACGAGUUGACGCUUAGGGGACGGUCCGGUUCACGCCGGGAUGUUACCAGGAAGCGAUUGAGCUUGUACAAAGUAAAGAGCGCAUCUGAAGCCGUUGAUUACGAAGACUUUUCCCUUGACGAGGGCACAGGAGGCGUUUCGGGCACAGUUUGA